AUGGCGGUGUCUAAACCCCGUGAACCAGAGAGGCUCACGUUUCGAGACGUUCAGUCGCCGCAGGAGUUUCGUCACGGAGAGACGGCCGAGGUGGUCUGCGACGUGAUCAGCUCCCCGGUGCCCGUGGUGGUGUGGUACUACCAGGACAAGGAGAUCACCGAGGAGCACCACAGCAGGUUUCAGGUGCUGCCGAACAACAACCUUCAGAUCCAUCAGGUGACCAAAGCGGACGAGGGUGUGUAUCGCUGCGAGGCGAGCGUCGAGGCCCGUGGAGAAAUCGACUUUGUGGACAUCGCCAUGGUCGUCAACGAAGAGCUCCAGUCUCAGCCUCAGUCCGACAAACUGGAGAAGAAGGCUCCUGAGAAGCUGCCGAAGCCUGUGAUGGAGAAACCAGCCAAACCUGCUCUGGAGACACCCCCGAAGACCGCCGCCAAGCCAGCGUCCCCGGACAGUUUUACAACAAAGCAGGGGGGUGAGAGGACCAGCAAAUCUCCCCCACCGCCUCCCCCCCCCAGGAAGACCUUCUCCCCCAGCUCCAGCUCAGGCAUGACCACCACUCGCUCCGGAGAGGUGGUCUACACCAGCAGGAGGGAUUCCGUCUCUGCACAGGUUGCCCAUCUCUGUGUCUCCUAA